AUGAACAUUUACUUUUGUGGUAGUAUUCGAGGUGGUCGACAAGAUGUUGCUAUCUAUCAACAAAUUGUUGCUUGUCUAAAAUCAUAUGGUCCAGUUCUAACUGAACAUGUUGCGUUCCCGGAAUUGGAAAUUCUAGAGAAAAAUUUGAAUGAUGCUGAAAUCCUCGAACGUGAUAUGCAAUGGUUAGCGCAAUCUCAAGUUGUCGUUGCGGAAGUCACACAACCAUCGUUGGGUGUUGGUUUUGAAAUAGCACGAGCUAUAACAUUGAAUAAGCCUGUACUUUGUCUAUUUCGACCUUCAAGUGGAACACGUUUAUCUGCUUUAAUACGAGGCUCAGCUAAUAAUCGUUCAUUUUUUGUUGGCAAUUAUGAACAACGAGAACAUUUCGAAAAAUUUAUACAAGAUUUUAUGGGUUAUUGUUCGCAACAGCGAACAGUUUGA